GGGAAGAUACCAUCUAAUCUGCAUGUGUCGUUGAUCCCGCCAUAUUGUGACUUCCGUCUUAUAUAUCUUCCCUUUCUUUACACGCCCAAUCUGCCCGCCACGAUCCUUAUCAGCCAUGGAGAACAGCCACUACAGUUUGACCAAGGAUCAAAUCCAAUUCUACAACGAAAAGGGAUACUUGCUUAUCCGGAGCUUUUUCGACGAGCCAGAAACAGAUCGUCUGCAGCAAUGGACGCAGGAAGUUCAUGAUUUUCCCCGCACUGCAGAUGCGCCAUACAUGCCCUACGAGGAAGUAAAUGCUCAGGGGAAAAGAGUGCUCUGCCGCACGGAGAACUACGCCAACAGCCACUCCGGCUUCGAUAGCUUUCUCCGUGGCCAGCGCAUCCUGAGUGUUCUCGGGCAACUUGCCGGGGAAGAUAUGUUGCUCUUCAAGGAAAAGAUCAACUAUAAGCUUGCCGGGAGUGGUGGCUUCGACCCUCACAUCGACGCCAACGCAUACACGCACGUCAAGAUGAUCAAACACCUGACCGUCCUCGCUGCCGUCGACGGGAUGAGCUCUGCAAAUGGCGGACUCGAGGUAGUCGAUGGGAGCCAUCUGACGGAGAUCAAGCUGGGCGAAGACCGAUGCAUCGAGCCUUCCUGGGUCCAAAGCCAGAAGUGGACGUCUUGUGAUCUUCAACCCGGUGACAUCCUCGUGUUUGGAUCGUAUCUCGCCCACCGCAGUGGAAAGAACCUGAGCGACAAGGAUCGCCGCGCAAUCUACGCGACAUACAACUGCAAAGCGGAGGGAGACCUCCACGAUGAUUACUAUGAAGAUCGCCGAAAACUGUGGCCGCCGACUCAUCUGCGUGAGGAGGGUGAGGCGUAUGAAGAGGGCCGGCUUCGCUAUGGAUAUGGCUCCCCGAUGCUUACUAUUGAGGGCCAGGCUCAGGCGCAGGCUGCUGCGUAGGAUAUAUGGAAGUGCUCCGGAUUCUAGGACGGAAAUGACGGAAUCUACUGUAGCUUGCUAGGAAUAAUCGUGUUUGAAUGAUAUCGGGAAAGUUUAUGGGGAAGGAUCAACGUAAUGGGCCACUUAAGAAGAAUGCUAUGCAUGCUAUUAUAGUCUUAUCGAAAUUGUGCACAUUGCCC